AUGGAUUACGUCAGGGCACUUCCUCGUCGCAUUUCUGGAGCCGGCAGAACUACGAGAGCUUUAAGAACGCUUUAUGGUAACAUGGAAGAUGUUGAUUUGUACGCUGGCAUUCUUACAGAACGUGCUGUGUCAGGAGGCAUGGUUGGACCGACUGCCGCAGAAAUCAUCGCUGAUCAGUUCCGUAACUUGAAGGUCGCUGAUAGAUUUUAUUACGAGAAUCAUGUGCAGGGAACGCAGGGAUUCAACGAAGGUGAGCUUGCCGAAAUCCGAAAAAUGACCUUAGCUCGACUGGUCUGCUCGAACACCGAGGGUAUGGUGUCGGUCAGAAGAAAAAUUUUUGAGCUGGGCAGUCCUUUGGUGGCGUGUCAUUCUCUUCCACAUAUCGAUUUAUCUCUGUUUGUUUGA